AUGUCCUCCUACAAACAGAUCAUCUAUACCAAGACGCCGAAUCCGGCCAUCGAUCCCUCUCUGACCGGAGGUACCUUCAGCAUCAAGACCGUCGCCAGACCCUCCAAUGUGGCCGCCGACAAGGUCCUCGUGCGCACGCACUACCUCUCCCUGGACCCCGCCAUGCGCCAAUGGUUAACCGCCAAGCGAUCCUAUAUCGCUCCCGUGGAGAUCGGCGCCGUCAUGCGUGGCCAGAGCAUCGCUCAGAUCAUUGCCGUUGGCAAGGACCUCACGUCCAAGUUCAAGGCCGGUGACUGGGUCGUCGCUUACACUGGCUGGCAAGAAUACGCCGUGCUCGGUGCGAAGGAGGUUGAAAAGUUCGUCCUUCCCCCCGGUGGCCGCCCCACGGAUGCCAUGUCUGUGCUCGGCAUGACCGGGUUGACCGCAUACUUUGGUAUGACGGAGGUGGGCCAUCCAAAGGCGGGGGAGACUGUCGUGGUCUCUGGCGCUGCCGGUGCAACGGGAAUGGUCGCGGGACAGAUUGCCAAGAUCAAGGGCGCAAAGAGGGUAGUCGGUUUGGCAGGAAGCCGGGAGAAGUGUGAUUUCCUGGUGCGGGAGCUGGGCUUCGAUGUGGCAAUCAACUACAAGGAUGCCGACUGGAAAAAGCAACUGAAGGACGCCACUCCCGAGUAUAUCGAUGUCUUCUUUGACAACACCGGUGGUGAGAUCUUGGAUGCUUGCUUGGCACGCGCUGCUCGCGACUCUCGAUUUGUCAUCUGCGGCGCCAUCAGCCAAUAUAACGCUGCCAAGCCGCAGGGCCCGACCAGCUUCAUGACUGUGAUUUCUCAACGAGUCACCAUGAAGGGCUUCAUCGUCUUCGACUAUGCGAAGAAAUACCCUACGGCGCUGCAGGAGCUGGCCUCCUGGUUGUCGCAAGGCAAGCUCAAGCGUAAGGAGCACAUCGUCCCCGGUGGUAUCGAGGGUGCGCCCCAGGCUUUGGUCGAUUUGUACAAGGGAGUGAACACGGGCAAAAUGAUGGUCGAGGUUGCCCCUGUGAGUGAGGCCGCGAAGGCUAAACUCUAG